GUCGUCCAGGUUCAUCCCCCUCUUGCGCGACUCUUUCUGAAUUCUCACUCAGUUGAAUGUCCAUAGCGAUGGGAGGAGUGGGAGGUCCUUUGUUAGGCCUCGGUGACAUUGGAGAAGAGGGGUGCAAUAGCAACAAUGAUUCUAAGUCUACUUUCAGACCUUCAAAUCACCCCAAGCUCUUUCAGGUUGCGAAGCGCUUAGAGAAGUUUAAAACCACAAUUUUUACUGAAAUGAGUAUGCUUGCCAUCAAGUAUGAAGCUAUAAACCUUGGCCAAGGAUUCCCCAAUUUUGACAGUCCUGAGUUUAUAAAAGAAGCAGCUAUUCAGGCCAUCAGAGCUGGUAAAAACCAAUAUGCUCGAGGAUAUGGUGUCCCUGACCUCAAUGCUGCUGUAGCUACACGGUUUAAGAAAGAUACUGGCCUUGAUAUUGACUCAGACAAAGAAGUGACUGUCACCUCUGGCUGCACCGAAGCCAUUGCUGCAACAAUGUUAGGCUUGAUAAAUCCUGGGGAUGAGGUCAUACUCUUUGCUCCUUUCUAUGAUUCUUAUGAAGCUACCUUGUCAAUGGCUGGAGCUAAGAUAAAGUGUGUUACUCUACGCCCUCCAGAUUUCUCUGUCCCCCUUGAUGAGUUGAAAUCAGUUAUUUCAAAAAACACCCGUGCAAUCCUCAUAAACACACCCCAUAACCCAACAGGGAAAAUGUUUACCCAAGAAGAACUCAAUGUCAUUGCCUCCCUGUGCAUAGAGAAUGACGUUCUGGUUUUCACUGAUGAGGUCUAUGACAAGUUAGCGUUUGAAAUGGAACACAUUUCAAUGGCUUCUCUUCCAGGAAUGUAUGAAAGGACUGUUACAAUGAAUUCAUUGGGGAAGACAUUCUCACUUACAGGCUGGAAAAUAGGCUGGGCGAUCGCUCCCCCACAUUUGACAUGGGGAGUGAGACAAGCACAUUCGUUUCUUACUUUUGCUACGUCUACCCCAAUGCAAUACGCUUCUGCAGUAGCCCUAAGAGCAUUGGAUUCUUUUUAUGUGGAUCUUAAGAAGGAUUACUCAGCGAAGAAGGCCAUAUUGGUGGAUGGGUUGGAGGCUGCAGGCUUCACCGUGUAUCCAUCAAGUGGGACUUAUUUUGUGAUGGCGGAUCACACACCUUUUGGGAUGAAAGACGACGUUGCAUUUUGUGAGUAUCUAAUAAAAGAGGUUGGAGUCGUAGCCAUUCCAACUAGUGUUUUUUAUCUAAAUCCUGAAGAUGGAAAGAAUCUUGUUAGAUUUACUUUCUGCAAAGAUGAGCAGACACUAAGAAGUGCAGUUGAGAGGAUGAAAGAGAAGUUAUCCAAGAAAUGAAAAGAAAUAACCAAACAGGCACCGGAGGAACAACAGGCACCGGGUUUAUGAUUAUAGUCUUGUAUCACUAUUGCUGCUUCUAUUUAGUGUUAUUAGCUGUCAAUUUUCUGGUUACUGUUAUCCUUUUUCUGCAUCAAUAUUCUUAGGGGGUUUUACCAUUGGCAGUUACUGAACAAUAUUUUCUUGGCGGGACAAUUAAACUAUUUUGUGAUGGGAUUCCUCUUGUUGUUAUGAUUGUUGUUACCCCUGAUGCAGCUACUUCGCAAGUCUAUAUACCCUUCUCUAUAGAACUUAUAACCAAGUGUUUUUGUUUGGCUGGAAGAAUAAGCAACAAUUGUUUUU